GAAGAUUCGAUUUUUCGCUUACAGAAUCUGCGAGUGUGCAAAGGGAAGGGUGGCGGUGCUGGCGUGGGACUCUGCUGUCCGUUCUACCAGCUUUACUCUGCACAAAAGCGUGUAAAAGCAUCGUUUUUUUUCGAUUUUUCCCGUACGAAGACGGCGAUUACAAGAUGGGUUGCUCGCAUUCUCCCUCAUCGGCCAUAUUAUAAGCUCGCUUUCUUCUUCUCUCUCUGGUGUUUAUGGAAAUGGACGAACGGAAGAAAGGGGUUUCUGCUCUACUAGUCCUGGUGCUCCUGCUAAGUGGAUUUAGCUUGGUUUCAGCUGCAUCUCCAGCAAAGUUGGUGAGUGGGUUUAUUUCCAAUGGUCUCUCGGCCAUCUUCAAGCUGCUAUGGUCGAUGGCUUCUACUAAAAAAACUGUAAUAUCCGGCCGCCCAAUGAUGAAGUUUGAGAAUGGGUAUACGGUAGAGACCGUAUUCGAUGGUAGCAAGCUUGGGAUCGAGCCUUUCUCGGUGGAGGUACUGCCGGGUGGCCAGCUGUUGGUUUUGGAUUCAAUGAACAGCAACAUUUAUCGGAUAUCUCUUCCACUCUCCAGAUGUGACACCAUUUGGAAGCAAUUGAGUAAAUGCCUGAAAUUGCAAGAAGAGAAUACAAGAGCUUCGGAGGAGUGUCGCUUCAGAGAACGAAUGUCGGAUGUUGAAAACCAAAAAGCUGCUUGA